AUGCUGAUACCGGCCCACGUCCCGCUGCUGCUGCUGCUGCUGCUGCUGCUCGGGGCCCCCCAGACAGGCCUCGCCGGGAAGUUCCACAAAGCCGGGUCUGUCUUCAGCUGCAUCAACACAGCCCUGUCUGAGGCCAGGAAGAGCCCGCUGGAGGAUGCACCCCUGCUGAGUAGAAGAAGCUUCCCCCACCUGCCCAGCCAAGACCCACCCCCAGGAGAGGACGAGGAGAAGGAGGAGCAAGACAAGGAGAAAAGGACCUUCCCUGACUCCCGCGGAGGCGGCGCAGCUGGGAGCGCCCGGUACAAGUACCUGUCCCCAGCGCAGCUCAAGGGGAGGCUGUACCAGGACAAGGCCCAGAGUGACCGGCACACCAAGUUCACGCUGUCCCUCGAUGUCCCCACUAACAUCAUGAACAUCCUCUUCAACAUCGCCAAGGCCAAGAACUUGCAAGCCAAGGCGGCCGCCAACGCCCACGUGAUGGCUCAGAUCGGGCGGAAGAAGUAG